GUGUUGUCAAAGCUUUUUGCUGCGCAGCGAAUCGUAGCCUCGGAAUCAACUCCGCAGCCACACCUAGCCAGCCGCAGCCGCCAGGAGGGACUGGUGCUGUGCUGGAGAAGUGCUAUCAGGCAGCCCACGGAGAGGCGGGCACGGGAAGGAGGAAAGGAGGAAAGGAGGAGGAGGAGGCGGGAGAGAGGGAAAGGUGGGAGGGGUGGGCGGGGGGCCACAAAGGAGAGAUGGGGGCCGUCCAUAAAGAAGAGAUGUGGGCCGUCCAUGUUUAGGAGAAGGUGCAGCUAUGUGCGCAAAACAUGCAACAUGAUACGACUAAUACUCAACAGCCUGAUCACCCCGCCCUGCUGUCGAAGCCAACGGGAUUCCACUAGCCUGGAGAACAUGAGCAUGUGCACGCGAGGAAGAGGAUGUGCGAGGGAGCAGGGAUAAAAACAUCAACGUGGGAUGGAUGUGGUGCGCUGUCAGUGCGCUCAGGGGCAAAGAGUGACGCCCGAGGUCAGAACCACCUCCUCCAAAACGGCUCCGCACAAGCCGAGCUUCCCGUCGUGGUCGCGUGAGGAGCACGAGAUCUGGCGAGCGUUCAUGCUGGAUCCCUCGAAGCCAGCGAUGUUCUCCGCCAGGUCGUCAAACAUGUAAACGCUCUCCGGCGCGAUCGCCAACCCCCGCUCGCGCGCGAACCAGGCGAGCACGCCUCUUGCGCACUCCUGCUUCUGGCCGUUCGGGCAGCCCAGCACGAGCGGCGAGGACGGGUUGUCCCAGUUGCUGAACUCUACCGCGGAGUGCCCGAGCUUUUCCGCCAAGAUUGCGUGCUCCUUGGGUCCGCUCGCGCCGCCCUGGGACACGAUGCCCCUCUCGCACGGGGCGCACGCGGUCUCGUCCACGCCCUGCCCCAGACGGGACAAGAGAAGCGGGCCGCCCCCGAACGCGGAGUCGAAGGCGUCCUCCUCCCCCCACGGCAAGCCGCAUUGCGCCUGGCUGCCUUGCUUGGCUGUGAGCGUGCGGUCCACGUCGAAGAGGCACAGGCAGGCGCCGCCCUCGCCCGCCACGCCCCAGCCCGUCGCCAGCACGGCCACGCCGACGACCAGCAGCCACCCCACGGCGCACGCCGCGACCACCGUGAGGCACCCUGGUUCCGGCCUUUCACCGGCGCCCUCCGCGGAUACGCUGGCGGCCGGCGAAGACCACCACCGGGGCGAGGACGCGGGGCCCACCCGCGCCUCGGCGGGCGGCUGCCGCCAGGAGAACUGAGCGGCCAGCCUUCGCUGCCCGCGCCCUGACUUCGGGGCGAGGCGCCGACCUUAGACUGCGCCCGCCACAGGGGCUGCGCCGACGAAGUCGAGGGGCGCGGGUCCUCGGACCGCCACAGCCAGGGGACUGUGUCCAUGCCUGGCGGCCCAGACGCGGCGCCGGGCGCAGCCAGAGGCGAACUAGCU